CUGGAAUUAUAUCUCUUCUGGAUGAAGAAGAGCCACAGCUCAAGGAGUUUGCUCUUCACAAGUUGAAUGCUGUUGUCAAUGACUUCUGGGCCGAGAUCUCUGAGUCAGUAGAUAAAAUUGAAGUUCUCUAUGAAGACGAGGGCUUUCGCAGCCGGCAGUUUGCUGCUCUAGUUGCUUCUAAAGUUUUUUACCACCUGGGAGCUUUUGAGGAAUCGCUGAACUAUGCCCUGGGAGCAGGUGACCUCUUCAAUGUCAAUGACAACUCGGAAUAUGUGGAGACGAUCAUUGCAAAAUGUAUUGACCACUAUACCAAGCAGUGUGUGGAGAAUGCAGAGCUGCCAGAAGGGGAGAAGAAACCUGUUGAUGAAAGGCUAGAAGGGAUAGUGAACAAAAUGUUCCAGCGGUGCUUGGAUGACCACAAGUACAAGCAGGCCAUUGGCAUUGCUCUAGAGACACGCAGGCUGGACAUCUUUGAGAAAACCAUCCUCGAAUCGAACGAUGUUCCUGGGAUGCUAGCCUACAGCUUGAAGCUCUGUAUGUCUUUGAUGCAGAAUAAACAGUUCCGUAAUAAAGUCUUGAGAGUUCUAGUUAAAAUCUACAUGAAUCUGGAGAAACCAGACUUCAUCAAUGUGUGCCAGUGCCUGAUAUUCUUGGAUGACCCACAGGCUGUGAGUGACAUCUUGGAAAAACUGGUGAAGGAAGAUAACCUUCUUAUGGCCUACCAAAUUUGUUUUGAUCUGUACGAAAGUGCUAGCCAGCAGUUCUUGUCUUCUGUGAUCCAGAAUCUCCGCACAGUUGGCACUCCCAUUGCCUCUGUACCUGGAUCCACCAACACUGGCACCGUCCCUGGAUCAGAGAAGGACAGUGAGGCUAUGGAAGCCGAAGAGAAACCGGGAAGCACAUGUGCAGGGAAGUCUGCAGAAAUUAACCCAGAGCCUAAGGACCAGAUCUCAAAAAUGAUUAAAAUUUUAAGUGGGGAAAUGGCCAUUGAGUUACAUCUGCAGUUUUUAAUACGAAACAACAAUACAGACCUCAUGAUCCUCAAAAACACAAAGGAUGCAGUGCGGAAUUCCGUGUGUCAUACAGCAACAGUUAUAGCAAACUCCUUUAUGCACUGUGGUACAACCAGUGACCAGUUCCUUAGAGACAAUUUGGAGUGGCUGGCCAGGGCCACUAACUGGGCUAAGUUUACUGCUACCGCCAGCUUGGGUGUUAUACACAAG